AUGGAGACUGCGGUGGUCAGCGUGGCUCAAGAGUUUGUGAACAGCAAAAUCCAGCCUGGGAAGGUGGUGGUGUUCAUCAAGCCCACCUGCUCCUAUUGCAGGAGGACCCAACAGAUCCUCUGUCAACUGCCCUUCAAACAAGGAUUUCUGGAAUUUGUCAAUAUCAAUGCCGCCAGAGACACAAGAAAGAUUCAAGAUUACCUGGAGCAGCUCACCGGAGCCAGGACAGUGCCUAGGAUCUUUAUCAGUAAACAUUGUAUAGGUGGAUGCAGCGAGCUGAUAGCCAUGCAACAGAAUGGGGAACUGUGGAUGUGGCUAAAGGGGAUCGGUGCUCUGCAGCUAUGA